AUGGAGGCCUGUGUUUAUGAAGAUUCGCCGCUGGCCGCUUACCUCGAAGGUGAAGGCGAGGCCGAGCAGGACUGGACGCCGCAGGAGGUCGACUGGCCGCAUACCGAGUACUCGGACUCCACGACCCUCGACUUCGCGCCCCAAGGGCCUCCGAAAUUUCAGGACCGCAUCAGAAACAAAAUCCCCGAACCCUUGAAACUGAAGCGGUCGAAUAGACAAGAGGCUCUGGCUAGGAUCCAUGAUACCUGCGCUGCCGCAAUCAGUGCGAGAAUAGGCAAGACCGACAACGAGCGAUUCAGAGAGCAGUUUGGAUACACGAUUAUUGCGUCGCAGUUGUUGAGCGAACCCAGCGCACCCUCCUACACUUCCGUCUCGAACCUGUUGAGCCACCCUGUCCAGAGCGAUGAUGACAAGGCAGCCUCCCGAGCAGCCAUCUUCGGCGUGCGAGGUGCUAUAUUCACGGCCGUGGCAUCCUUCUCCGUCGUCUUACUAUUACACUGGGCCCGAUCCAUACACAGAAUAGGCUGGAGUUUUGGAAGAGUCCUCCUUCUUGGUGUCUUGUUGGCUACGAUUGUUGCAGCAUUCUACGUCUUUGCGAAACGCCAGUGGCUGAGAUACCUGCGUAGCCAGGCUAUCGAAACUGCCACUGCCUGCGUUGGGAAUGCGCAGACGCUUGACUCUGCGGCUUCGGCAUCCGUUGUGCUCAUUCAGGAGGUCGAGCUCGUUUCACGCGGGUACAGAGUGAGCUCGCCUCUUCCACCAGUGAGCCGGCUGGAGGAGCAGUCGCAAACCCGGAGAUGCUUGAAACUCCGCCGCAUCCUGGCCAAAUGCCUGGAUGAGAUGCUGGAGAAAUAUCUCUAUGUGAAACGAAAAUUACGACCGCUCGUAGAUGAUGCAAACUUGGAAAAAUAUUAUGACAUUUAUGAAAUUUCCCAGGUGGAACUUCAGGCCGCCGAAUCAACGGUGGUCGACCAGUCAGUGGAUGAAAAGACAUCCCUGAGAUCGUUGCGGUCGUCAUUUGCUCGGCUGUAUACCGUGAGGAAGAGCGCCCUUUGUUGUCUCCUUGCACUCCCGGCAGAUGGAGGUGAAGCCGAUAUUGCAAGAUGGAGCGCUGCGACCGAAGAGAUGCAUAGCCUGGCUGACGCCAGCGCUGAGUGGAUUGAGAAGCUGAGAGACGUCCUCAACGAACAAGACCGAGAUAUAAUAUCAUCGUCCCCAAUAACGAACCCGAACCCGAACCCCAACAGGGACCGCUAUCGAGCCCAGCUUCGUCGGCUAAACUCGCUAUCUCAGGGCAUACGAGGACUUCAUGCCAGAAUGCAACUUAUUCGCGAAGAGUCAGACGCCUGUCUUGACGGGUCCAAUGAAGACGUAGACCUCGGCUCGACCCUUCUCGUUCAGUACGAGGCUAUCGGCGCUGAACUGCGUGGAAUACUCCAAGAAUGGGAAGCUGGCAAAUCGGCCAUGCGAGCCAACAUGGAGUCGUCCGAUCGCCAGUCAUCUUCUUCCCGACGCACGUCAAGCAUGAUCAAAUCACCGUCUUCACCCACUUUCAGCAUCGGAGGCAGCACUGCUGUCGACGGUGGUCCGGCCGAUGCCUUGCGUGCUUUGAACGGAGAGAUGCAGAAAUCUCUCAACCCAGAUAGCAACAUGGAUGAUGACGAGGUUUUCGAAGCUAUUGCCAUGCCCCGGACUCGAAGCUCGUUGACUCGUGUGGAGCGAAUCGCGCGUCUUCGGCCAAGGCAAUCCUAUACCGUCUCUCUGGUCUUACGCAGUGUAUCGUUUCAUCCCUCUGUGUCGUCAGAUCUUACCCCGCCAUACUUUUGCAGCCUCAGCGGUUCGUCGAUAUAUAGAACAGUCAAGAUGUUGGAAGCACGAUUGGAAGAAGCUGCUAUGCUGAAGAAGGUGGUCGAUGCGGUAAAAGAUCUCGUACACGACUGCAACUUCGACUGCAAUGACUCUGGAAUUGCCCUCCAGGCCAUGGACAACUCCCACGUUGCGCUUGUCUCCAUGAUGUUGAAAGCAGAGGGCUUCUCUCCCUUUAGAUGUGACCGCAACGUCGCCCUGGGAAUCAACCUGGUCUCCCUCACCAAGGUCCUACGGGCUGCUCAGGAUGGAGACGUGCUUACUCUCAAGGCCGACGACACGCCAGACGUAGUCAACCUGCUGUUUGAGAGCGUUGAGAAAGACCGUGUGAGCGAAUAUGAUAUCAAACUCAUGGACAUUGACCAGGAGCAUCUUGCUAUCCCGGAGACAGACUACUCUGCCACAGUUGAGAUGCCAUCUGCUGAGUUUAGGCGGAUUUGCGGAGACUUGAACCAGCUUUCUGAGUCUGUGUUGAUCGAGGCAACCAAGGACGGUGUCCGAUUCUCUUGCCAGGGUGAAAUUGGUAACGGUGCUGUUACCAUUCGCCAAAACACCAACGUUGACAAACCAGAGCAGAACGUCUCCAUCACUCUGUCUGAGCCUGUUGCCCUUACAUUCUCCAUCAAAUACCUCCUAAACUUCUGCAAGGCCACCAGUCUUUCGUCAAAGGUGCGACUCUCCCUCUCUGCUGAGGUUCCUCUCCUUGUCGAAUAUACCCUCGAGGGAUCUGGUUAUGUACGGUUCUAUCUUGCUCCAAAGAUUGGUGAGGACGAAUAA